CGAGGUUGCUCGUUCACCUGUCACCACGUCGCACGCAGUCUGGAGCACGAGAGCUCUUUCUCUCCAUCAUCGCAUCUAGCCUCGUCGCUCUCAUCCCAUCAUUCGACCGCAGCCUUUGCCAUGUCCGAAGCUCCUAAGCAUGGCGUGCAGCGCUUGCAUUCUUUCAAGGAUGUCGCGCAAGCAGUCCUAGAGAACAUCAGACAUGAGUCGCAGUCGGAAGCACAUCGCCUCUUCCGUGAGCAGCCAGGUCAUCAAGACUUGACGAGCAAGCAACCAGCCAAGCACAUCGUUCCAGGCAUAGAGCAGCCAGGAUCUGUCGGUGUGGUGUACGUGACAGAGCGCGCUGCUGCCAAUGGCUUCAAAGCCGGGGCCAAAGACUGGGCCAACUUUGGACAAGGUGCUCCCGAGACGACAGACCUAGAGGGAGGCUGUCCAAGACCUACAGUCCUCGAUCUCUCGGCUUUCGGUGACGACAUUCACGAGUACGGACCUACCACUGGUAUCACGGAGCUACGACAAAAGGUGGCAGAUUAUUACAACCACACUUUCCGUCAGAACAAGCCGAAGAAGAUCGAAGCUGCCAACAUUGCCAUCGUGCCGGGAGGCAGAGCUGGCUUGGCACGGAUCAUGAGCGUACUGGGACCGGUGCUGCUUGGCUAUAGUCACCUAGACUAUGCAGCGUAUGAACCUCUGCUUGGCAUGAGUCAGGUUCAGGGUGUUCCCAUGCAGCUAGAAGAGUCGAAGCGCUUCAAGGUAACCGCUGCCGACCUCGAAGCAGAGGUCAAAGCACGAGGUCUGACUACCCUUCUGCUCUCCAAUCCUCGCAACCCCACCGGUCAAAUUAUUGAAGGCCAAGAAUUGAAAGACGUGGUUGACAUGUCCAGCAGGCUCGAUGUCACAACCAUCAUGGACGAAUUCUACAGCCACUAUCUUCUUGAAGGGGAACUUGGGCGCUCUGUGAGCGCCAUGGAGUACAUUGAUGACAUAGAGGAGAGCAAUGUUGUCCUCGUCGAUGGACUGACCAAGAACGCGCGCUUACCAGGCUGGCGUGUAUGCUGGGUCUCGGGUCCGCGCGACCUUAUUUCUGCCAUUGGCGCCGUGGGAUCAUAUUUAGAUGGUGGGGCCUCCCAUCCCAUGCAGGUCUUCGCCCUGCCGAUGCUGGAUCUCGAUCGCAUUGCGCAAGACCGACUCGCCUUGCAGAAGCACUUCCGCAUGAAGAGGGACCAUGUGCUCAAACGCCUCGCAAAGAUGGGACUGCCCGUCAAUGUGCCGCCUGUCGCGACAUUCUACAUCUGGCUCGACCUCAAGCCGUUGCCGCCUCCGCUCAAUAGCGGCCUCGUUUUUGCUGAAGAGCUGCUCAAGGAGAAAGCGAUUGUGACGCCCGGCAUCUUCUUCGACAUCAACCCGGGACACAGGCGCAAUAUUGUGGACUCACCUUGCGAAAGCUACAUCAGAAUCUCUUUCGGGCCCAAGCUCGAAGAGCUGGAUAGAGGUCUCGAUGCCUUCGAGCGAGUGCUCGCCAAGGCCGCUAAAGGGGACGCGAGCCUCGGCACCAACUACGCAAAGGCUGACCCGAGCAAGAAGCAUGAGGUCACGCCGCAAGCGCACGCUUAGAAUGACCGGCACUAUCGACUUUUUGCCCAAGUUCGAGCACCCCCCCCCCCC